AAGCUGGGAAAUUACUUUAGUUAGCAGUCAAAUUGUAAACUACACAAUUCUGAACGUUGAAAAUUUUUGUGACGAUAAAUUUAUUCCUUAUUGCAUUAUUUCGCUCUGAAGCUGUAGAUAUAUAGUAUAGUCAAAAUGUCGGAUCGCAAGGCGGUAAUUAAGAAUGCUGAUAUGAGUGAACAGAUGCAACAGGAUUCGGUGGACUGUGCCACCCAAGCCUUGGAGAAGUACAACAUUGAGAAGGACAUUGCGGCGUUUAUCAAGAAGGAGUUCGAUAAGAAGUACAACCCCACCUGGCACUGUAUUGUGGGACGCAAUUUCGGAUCUUACGUGACUCAUGAGACGCGCAACUUUAUCUACUUUUACUUGGGACAGGUUGCUGUGCUACUCUUCAAGAGCGGCUAAGAAUUGUUUCCCCUCCUUCACUAACACGCAAUUGUGGCGGCAAAUCUAUCGAGUGUCAUCUAGCGGCGAACAUUAUUUUAUACCGCCUUUUUUUGUUGGAUAAAUGAUCUUAAAUUGCUAAAUUUAUAGUCAUCUAAAAUUGUAAUGAGAAAUACAAGUGCAAAUUUC